UUGUCAUGGAGCUACUAUCGGUUUCACGGUAACGUUGAAAAGGCGCCGACGCGAUGCCGAGCAGCGGCGGUCGAGUGUUUCACGUGGCCCGCAAGUUGCGCGGCGGGGCCCAGCUGGGCAAGGCGGUAAAAGGGUCGAGUAAGGACAAGAAGGGGAAGAAGGAUGGAAAAGGCAUGACGGACGAAGAGCGGCGGCUCGCGGACUCGAUCAGCCGGCUCGAGAUGAACGAUUACUUGAAGAAACUGGCCGUGACCAAGAAGGCGCAGCUAAAAGAGUUUAUGGAGAAAGAGCACAAGAUCUCCAAGAUGAACAAGCUCAAGAUUCAGAACCACUGGCGCAAGAUCAUGCGGCUGGUCAAGGUCGAGGGGCUGCGAAAGGAGGUCGAGAUCAAGUCGCAGAACCACGAGCGCGACGUCGACCGCAAGGACGCGAUCAUUCAAAUGCUGGACCGCGACCUAGAAGAAGCCGAGGAGCAGUUCCAAAUGGCGCUUCGGUCGCAUUUGUUGAACGUGGAUCAGCUCAUCGACCUCCAGGACGGCCGACUCCUCGGGCUCGAGGACGAGUUUGAAAAGGAUUUGCACGCGUUGGAGCGCGAGUUUAGCAUCGAACGUGACAAGAUUCACAAGCAGCACGCCGUCGAGAAAAACGAACUCCUCAACAUCAUGCGCGCGGUGGAAACGCAGGAGAAGGAGCGCGAGGCCGAGGCUCGGCAGGAGCACGAACAGCUUCGUGAAGAGAUCCGCAACAAGAACCUCGAGGACAUCAACGUGCUGCGCAUUACGCUCGACAGCAACAUCGAAGAGCUCGAGCAGCACUUUGAGACAGCGCAUUUGAACUAUCUUCAAAACACGGACCAGCGCACGCAAGACUUCAAGUACUUGACGGCCAAGGACCAGGAGCUGAGCAAGGAAAUCGAGAUCAAGAUCCGAAAGAUCGAGCGGCUUCAAGCAAACUUGACGCACUGGCGGACGAAAAUUGCGCAGAACGUCCGCGAAUGCACGGAGCGCAACAAGGCGCUCGAGGAGGAGAAAGGCCAGAUCGGGAGCCACUUUCAGUCGCUCAAGGCCAAGAUGAACCGCAUGCGCGACGACCACAAGAAGCGCCUCACGACGUUGAGCCACAACGCCCGCGAAACCAAACGCAAGUUGACCGACCAGCAAGAGUUGGCCGAACGCAUUCUCAAGCUGGGCGAACUCGCGCGGAAGCUCGAGACCGAGCGCGAGCAGGUCCUGCCGUUCUACCACUCGACGAUAGAGGACGCGCAGCAAGCAGCAGACGAAGUGAAUGCACUCAAGGGAGGGGUGGCAGCGGUGACGAUGACGCCGACCACGAGCGCCGACAGCUACUUGAAGCUGACUCAACUCCAGCCGCACGGAACGUUUUCCAACGGCGACGCCGUGUCCGAGUGGGAGUACUUGGACUUGUUCUGGAAGCGGUACAACAAAGCGCUGCUCGACACGAUGGCAAUUCAAAAGGAAAAGGCGCGACUUGACAACGAGAACCGCGAGCUCCAAGCCGUGCUCAAGCAGUACUUGGACGGGAUCUCCGUCAACGAACAAGUCAUGAGCAGCAUCAACCCGCUCUUUGUCGUCAAUGGGCGGCUCACGCUCAACCAAGGGCCGAACCCGACGUCGAGAGAGCCGACCCACGCGAUCGUCGAUGCCAACCACAUGGUUGCCACGAACCGCGUGUCCGGGCGCCAUGCCUAGCAGGUACCUCUCAGCUGCGUUCCGCGCCUGCAGGUCUCGCCAAGGCAUCGACGUCAAAUGCCGACGUGGUCGCGCCGGACAAAUUGAACAAACACGUUGUUUUUACACGGUGGAAAUGACGACGGUGGCGUCGUCGGUAGUUCCGACGAUAGCUCUCGCCCACUGCGCUAGCUGAUCGAGCGACACGUCGUCGCCUUGUCUGAUGUUGGUGUUGCGGAAGAGCGCGGUCUUGGUCAGGUUCACAUCCUGGCGCAGGAGCGAAGCGUACAUGCCGAGGAGGUCGGGGUCAUGGUCGAUGCACCGAUAGAGUUCGGCGGCCGCUUCCUUUGCAAACGGGCUCUGGCGGUUCAACGGGUCGUCCGAUCGAGUCACAGCGACUUGGGCGAUCUCUUGGGCGACCCAGUCCCAGCUCGAGUGGCGGUACUUGGACACGACCUGGAUCGUCUCGACGAUCUCGUUCGCGUACAAGUUGUUCGUGAUGCCAUCCGUGCAGGACACAACGACGUCGCCGGCCUCGAGUUGGUACAUGUCGUAGAGCAUGGUUGGCGGGGAAGAUGGCGUUGUGGUUGCGGGCGCAGCACUCGGCGUUGUUGAGAGCACCCGCAGCGGUCGGUUGAACCCGAGCAUGAGCGAUGACGACUCGAACGUGAUUUCAUGCCGCCGCACGACGAUUGUCUUGGUGUUGCCGAUGUUGAGGACGUGCAACCGAGCAAUGUUGUCUUUUGGAUGGCGAUGCAUGACGGCGACGCCGACGGACGCCGCGGCAUCGGCCGCAGUCGCGUCGGGUUUGGUCUGGACUGCAGCGACCGCUUGACCGAGUCGCGUUUUGAGCUCCCCUGCGACUUGCUGCGAGUUGACACACAACAGAAAGUCGUCGCUCUUGGUGUAUGCCGUCAUCAUGUCGGUGACUUUGUCCAGCAACGUUUGUGCGAACGCUGUCGAGUCGGGGGCUGCGUCGAUGAGGACGUGCAGCCCCUCGUCAACAAAGGAUGCGUCCUGCCCCGUGGUCGUGACGUUGCCUUGGCCGAAGCGAUCGACGGGCCCGCGAUGGAUCAUCGCGACAAACGUCUCUGUCACCGACAUGCUUCGCCCGCGCACCGGGCUUUCCGUCCCCGUUGUGGGGUGCGACGGGUCUGCAGAUGACAUGGCGUCGGCAAUUCGAUGGGCCAUGGAGAUGCUCAGACGUCGGAUAGCUUUCCCGAGCGAGCCGCUCCGGCUUCUCCCAUCGUCUGUGGCCAUGACGCUACCAUCCCCUUCUUCGUUGGCGUUUGCAGGCUCUGCCACCGAACAGAGCUGCUGUGAAGUCGCGGCUGCUUGGUCUGCAGCGGUCGUCGGGCUCGUCGUCGUCGCCGCCGUCGAGUUUGAAGCAUCCAGCGACUUGUCGGAAAACAACUUGACUAGCCCCACGCUGAUGCGUCGAAGGAUGCCAGGCUCUGCGUGAGGAGAUGCCGCCCCGACGGUUGUCGACGGCUUCACUUGGUCAACCGUUCUGCUAGAGGAUGCUUUCGUGGCCAACAAACCUGGACGGGUCGGUGCAGGUGCCUCGCCCUCCCCAAUGGCCGCCAUCGUGUUGGCCAGUGGGGCCACUGCGCCUCGCUUCAAAUUGAACGACCCGCCAGAGUAGUUGCGGUCGUUGGCGGUGAUGCGGCGCUUUUUCAGGCCCAUCGACGUCGCCGUUGCUUUCGACGACGGAGGUCCCUUCUGCGCCUAUAUUUGGACCCCAUGCCACCAAGUGCGUCGGAACGUGC